AUGUCUGCUAACGAAGCUGGUGAAGAUUCUGACUCCGCGAUUAGAUUUGAAUUGUACAUCAAGGCCUCAGCAAUUGACAAGGAAACCAAGGGAUCAUGUCCAAUCUGCCAGCAGUUCUUCAUGAUGACCUGUCUUCUUGGAGAGAACCAGGAGGACAUAGAUUUCAAGGUGUUCACUGUCCAGGCAGACUGUCCACCCAAGAACUUUGCCUCAGGUUGGAGCAAGAAGUACCCAGUGAUCAUGGUCAACUCCGGCAAAAGCAAGACUGGCCAGGACUUGAGCGGCAUGAUGUAUGACACAUUUGAGGAGCUGGAACAGUUCUUUGAGAGCAUCAACAGAGAGUGUCCAGAGCUGAAAAGGAAGAAUGCUCCAAACAUAGAAGCCAUGAAGGUGGUGGAGAAUAUCUACAAGCACUUCAACCACUACAUCUCUGGACAGUCUGAGAAGGGUCUGCUGGCUGAGCUGAGGAAACUCAAUGAGUACCUUGAGAGCCAGGACACUAAGUUCUUGGUGGACAAUGUGCUGUCUUUUGCUGACUGCCAUCUGCUGCCACGGUUGCAGCACAUACGGGUGGCUGGCAAGGCAUAUCGAGACUUUGACAUCCCCAAAGAAUUUGUCCACAUCUGGAGGUAUCUGAAGAAUGCAUAUGAACAAGAAGCUUUCAAGUCAACCAUGCCCUCAGACCAGGAUAUUGUGUUUCACUAUGAAAAGAAGGCUGUGGGCCCCCCACUCAAGGGCAAGAGGACCGCAAAGCCAACGUUAGAGAAAUUCACAUACACCACAGAUGUGCCCGAGGAUGUUUUAAAUGGCACAGAUAAUGGGGCCAGCCAGGAACAG